CAAACUCCUUCUUCACCUUCUUUACUCUCUCUUUCUCUUUCUCUUUUUUUUUUUUAAAAAAAAAAUAAAAAAUAAAAAAUCAGUCUAGUUUACUUUUCCUUUCAUAUAUAUUAUCAGUAUAAAAUAUGCAUUCAUUAAAAGCAAUUUCACCUGGGCCUAUUCAUGAAGAUUUUCCUGAAUUUCCAUCUCCACAACAUCCUCCUAUAUCCCAUUUUCAUACAAAAGAUAUUCCAGCUAAACGAUCAAGUCGAUUUAGUUUCCUCUUUUCUAAUAAUAAUGCAUUAAGAUCUAACGUUAAUUUAAACACACAUCUUGUAAAUAACUCUCAAGAACAAAAAGAUAUAUCAGAAGUCGUUAGUAAUGACGCAUCCAUUUCAAGUGCAGGUACCAGUAGAAAUACAACCAACAGUCCUCUUACUCCGGAUAGACAUGAUAGUUAUAAUAAUGAUAACACUGCUAAUACUAAUACUGAUACUACUACUACCACUACCACUACCACUACUACUCCUACUACUAAUACUGUAGCUACAGCUAUUCCUUCUUCAUUUAAUAGUCAUCAUCAUUAUAUAACAAAUCAUGAGCAUCCUAAACAAAGUAAAUUGAGUCGCUCUUUUGGUGACUUUAUUGCUAAUCCUGCUAACUGGACUAAAAAACAUUUUAAUCCACAUCAUUAUCAACAUGAUCAUGCUGGUGCAGACCAACAUUCUAUACCACCUUUUACAAGUAAUGUUCCCAAAUUAAAUGAGAAAUAUGGUGAUUAUAUAAAACCUAGUAAAGAAGCAAAUGCAAUAGCAUUCGGUACAACAAAUAAAAAGAAGAAUAUAGGCUGUGGUUCUACAGCUGUUAUCCAUCUCAUUCAAUCACCAUCGCCUACAAAUCGAAUUUUAGCUGUAAAGGAAUUUAUGAAGCGAGGCAAAUCAGAGGAUGAAAAAGAAUAUCUUAAACGUAUGCAUAAUGAAUAUUGCAUCAGCAAGACGGCAAGCGGUCAUCCAAACAUAGUUGAGACAAUAGACUUGGUCGUGGAUGAACAUGAUCGAUGGUGUACUAUUAUGGAAUAUUGUGAUGGAGGUGAUUUAUUUAAUCGUUUAACUCAAACAUCAGUUCCAAUCUCAGCAAAAGAAGCCGCUUCAUUCUUGAAACAAUUAAUGCUUGGACUUCAACAUCUACAUCAUAUGGGUAUUGUACAUCGAGAUAUUAAACCCGAGAACCUUUUACUUGAUAAAUCGGGUGUAUUAAAGAUUGCAGAUUUUGGUGUAGCAGAUGUAAUUCAAACUUGCUUUGAAAAGGAACCCCACGCAUGUUAUGGUUGGUGUGGUUCAGAACCCUUUUGGCCACCUGAAAUCUGGAAAUUACGAACGAAAUUAGAUGGAUAUGAUGGUCGUGCAGUUGAUAUCUGGAGUGCUGCCGUUACCUAUUUCUGUAUUCGAUUUCGACAAUUACCUUUUUCUGUCUCCUUUUGGCAACCCCCCAAGGUCACAUCGAUUGACUAUUCAGGUUCACCCGCUUUUGUAGCUUCUGCUGCAGAGGAUAGUGGAGAUAAGGAUUUUGGACUUUAUGUUGAACAACGAGCUAAUUUAGGACCGAAAUCAUGCGAUCUUUGGGAGAGCUUUGAUGGAACCACUCUUUUAGACUAUGAAAUUGACUGUUUAGCAGGCAUGUUAGAUCUUGAUCCAAAGACUAGGUGGACUGCUGAUCAAGUAUUAGAUUCAAAAUGGAUGCAAUCAAUAUAAACUUAUUUUUUAGAAAGUAUCAUAUUUAACUUUAACUUCAUUGUUGUCAUACAAUAAUAAUAAUAAAAGGAAAAGAAAAGAAAAAACUUUUUCCCGCCAUGUUUUUGUAAUUUCUCGAUCAUCAAUAAUAUGUGUUGUUAUUAGUAGUUUUUUUUUUUAUUUUAUGAUGUAUGUGCAUUUACCAAGUUUCACUUCCCUAAUUUGUAUAAAUUAAGUACUUACUUGUCUGACUGAAAAAAAUGGGUUAAAUCUUGAAUAAUAAUUAUGCAAAAAUAAUAAUGUUAAAUCAUUACUGCCAUUAUUAAUAAUAAUUCUACACAUCCUUUUUUUUUCUUAAUAGUAUUAUUAGUAGUAAUAGAAAAAAAGAGUCUAGU